CCCACAUCCAAGCCCCAGACCCAAGGCCUCGCCAAGGAUGCCUGGGAAAUCCCCCGGGAAUCGCUGCGGCUGGAGGUCAAGCUGGGGCAGGGCUGCUUCGGGGAGGUGUGGAUGGGGAAGGACCGGACGUGGAACGGCACCACCCGGGUGGCGAUCAAGACGCUGAAGCCAGGCACCAUGUCCCCGGAGGCUUUCCUGCAGGAGGCCCAGGUCAUGAAGAAGCUCCGGCACGAGAAGCUGGUUCAGCUCUACGCCGUGGUUUCCGAGGAGCCCAUCUACAUCGUCACCGAGUACAUGAGCAAGGGGAGCCUCCUGGACUUCCUGAAGGGUGAGAUGGGCAAGUACCUGCGGCUGCCCCAGCUCGUGGACAUGGCGGCUCAGAUUGCCUCCGGCAUGGCCUACGUGGAGAGGAUGAACUACGUCCACCGGGACCUCCGGGCAGCCAACAUGGCCGCCAACAUCCUGGUGGGAGACAACCUGGUGUGCAAGAUCGCCGACUUCGGCCUGGCGCGCCUCAUCGAGGACAACGAGUACACCGCUCGGCAAG